UUUACAUACGUAUCUACACCGAGGGCAUUAACUAGGGAAACUGAAGCUGUUGUUGGAACGAAAACAAAACUUAAGCACAGUUCGUGCAGCAACAAUAGUGCUCUACAUGCUAAUAAAAGAAUUUCACCUUUCGUGGCAUUAUAUUAAUUGAUCUUCUACUAUAUCCCUCUUCCACUUGCAGUUGCCCAGCAUGACGGCAUCUCUCAAAUCUCUCCAAAAUCGAGCAGCAUUGCGGAGAAUGAGUUUCACAGUACAGCGCGUCUAUCUAUUGAGAGCACCAUGGCCGACACUAUAGCUGCUGAGCUACCCCGCGCCCAGAGUCGACAGCUCGUAAACGAGGAGAAUGAGACGAGGGCGCGCGUGCAACGCUCUGCUCUGCCCAUACUCCACGAGAGUGGAGCCAAAGCUGGCCCCAAUGACGUGCACUUUCCCGAAGAUAUAGAGAAGGAUGUGUCCGCCGGACGAUAUUUUCAUUACAACAUCAAGCCAACUGGCACGUACGAAGCACAGGGUGUCCAGGGAGAGGAGCAAUGGGAACCGGAGCGAACAAAACGCGCUCGCGCUGGCAAAACACUCACAGAGUCCAGUUCCGCCUUCAGCUCAAGCAGUACUGUGCAGCCUUUUUUAGUGAAAGGGGACCCGCGACCAGAGUCGGGGUCCCCCAACAGUCCGAUUCAGCCGACGACCAGUACUGCCACCUCGACGGUAGCGGCGGCGAGUGCGACGAUGGCGCCAAAUAGUCCUCGUCAGAAUGGCAACCCCGACAUACAGGACAUAAUUACGGGAAUCGUUAAGCUCUUGAAUGGAAAUGUAAAUGUGCAUGCAAACACGCAGGGCAUUCGGAGGCCAGCGGCGAGUCGCAUCAACAAUCGUGGACCACCCCGCAUAUCCGAAGUGCAGACGCUUCCUCUGGAUUAUGAGGCUCAAAAACCAGGUACUUCGAUACGCCCGCCACCAUAUCCGUUCGAUAGACCAGACAGACCAUUCAUUACAGGCGUGCCCAUACCAGAGCAGAUUGUUCCCGUGCGUCCAGGUUUUGUGAGUAACCGACCGCCGUGGUAUCGCAACAAGCCACGCCCACCAAUAGCGACUAGCGUGGGGGGUCGACGACCACUGCCGCAGUACAAGCCACUGCCAUCACCACAAGUUUUGCCACCGUUGGAGCAAGAGGUGCAACAGCCACCACCUGAUCCAAUACAGCACCAAACGCAAACUCAAGAGGAACCGCCGCAUCCCACAGAUACCACGUACGACUCGGAGUUUUCAAAUGAGGAUGGCAACACACAGUACAUUGAAGUGUCCGACCAGGACACGGACACUAUUGGUGGUGGUGAAGUUGAUGACGAACUGCAACCACCGCCACCGCCACCGCCGCCAUCGCCAUCGCCAUCAACAUCGCCAUCACCGCCGACAACACCGGCCAAGGAAAAAGAGACAGCAGGCAAGAAGAAACAUAAGCCCAAGCCCAACAAAAAACAUCAAAAUGGUGAUGGAUACACGACCAUAAUUGAGACCAGCUCGGUGGUGCACACAGUGAUGGGAGUGUCAUCCACGUAUGUGCCCAUGUCCAUGGAAAGUGCUGAGGGUCCUGAGCUGGAUCCCACAACUGAGGAGGUGAUCUUUAUGACAGCCAGCAGAACACCUAGUCUGGAGUCGUCGCUCUUGCAUCACACCAGUGAGAAUCCGGUGGUGGCUAGCAGUAGCAUUUUGACUACACCUCUCAGCAUGACGACGUCGCAAGCGGAGACCAUUGCCCCAACACCGUACGUGCCGCAUUCCAAAGUACCCACAACCACCUCUUCUACAUCCACCACCAGUACUACCACCUCAACAACAACCACAACCACCUCAACCACAACUACCACAACCGAAAAAACGCCCAAUCAGGCCAAUAACAAUGCCCCGACGCCCCCUGCACAACCCGCUCAAUACCAUCCCCGUCCCGGCAUUGUGCUCGACGAUCCAGAGUUCAAACCAGGCGGUCGGCCACGCCCCGCGCAGCCUCCGGCAGCCCCACAACAGCCUAUUCAGCCAACGCGUCAACACCUGCCACCUGGCUAUGGUGAAAUCUUUGACGUCACUCUAUCCGCCAUACAAGGACCGGGCACCAAGGGCGGCGGUUCACAACAAACUAUUAACAUCAAGCCCUAUGGAUCAUAUGGGAACAGCGGAGGUGCGGGCGCACAGGCUGAUAUUAUUGUGUCGGCAUCAGGUGAUGAAGGCUUCGUAUCGAUCGAUGGCAAGCGCACUUACAUCAAUCUUUUUGGUGACCCAACAGAUCCGCCGGCAGGAGCAACAACACCAGCUACACGUCUACCACAGUUUCCGGGCAUAGCAGCGGGCGGCCAUAGUGGUAGCCAUGGUGGUAGUGCAGGUGCAGGUGGAGGUGGAGGUGGUGGUAACAAUCCGGUUACACAAAGCAGCGGUGGGUAUGUGGUGCCUGAAACGGAGGUAGUCGAGUUGCAGCCGCAACCGGGCACAAAACCAGCAUCUGCAGCAGCCUCCCCAACGACCAACGCCAAUCCCACGAGACCUCAUUAUCGUCCGCGAGCCACACAGCCACCUGUCCGCAUUGACACAUGCAUCGUGGGUGACGACUCCACAUGCGAUCAGGCGCAGCAUGAGCGCUGCAAGACGGAUAACGGCGUGUCCAGCUGUCACUGCAGGCCAGGCUAUUCCCGUCGUAAGCAUCGAGAGCCUUGUCGCCGCAUCAUUGCCUUCCACUUGGGAAUGCGAGUCGAUCGCAUCUACGAGCACCGCAUAGUGUGGGACAGCAAGCUAUUGGACAAGAACAGCGAGCCCUAUGGACAAUUGAGCUACGAAUCAGUGCGCGCGCUGGACUCGGCUAUGUCUAUGACGCCAUACUCGGAUGAAUUCAUGGACGCCAAGGUGAACAACAUUUAUCGCGGAGAUCCUAAUCUGGGCGGUAGUGGUGUCUACGUGAAUCUAACCCUAAAGCUGGACGAGAGUGUGGAAACUCUGCGACCCAAUCUCCGUAGCGAUGUGCAGAAACAUCUGUUGGGUGUGUUGCAUCGGCGUAACAACAACAUUGGCAACUCUGUGCUGUAUGUGAGCUCUCCGGAAGGCGCUGUUUCAGCACUCCACGACCUGGAUGAGUGUCAGUCGCGGGAACUAAACGAUUGCCAUGUCAGCGCUAGUUGCACCAAUACAUGGGGAAGCUUCCGUUGCACCUGUGAAGUGGGAACGCGGGACCCUUGGGCCGAUCAAAUGCUACGCGCCGGGCGUGAGUGUCAGGCCUGUCCGGAUGCCUAUUGCAACAAUCGGGGUACCUGCAGCUACAACGACGAUGGCAAUCAGGUCUGCGCCUGCGACUCCAGUCACUAUGGAACGCAGUGUGAAAUAGACGGCGAAGUGCUGGGCGUAGCGAUUGGUGCCUCUGUGGCGGCGGUCAUCAUAAUUGUCCUUACCUUGGUUUGCCUGAUUAUGUGGUCGCGCAGAUGGCAACGUGAGCAGAAAAAUGCGAUGGGCUCGCCUGUGUUCGGAUACAUGAAUACGGCGCCCCUCAAGUCCGCUGGCCUGCCCCAGGCAGGCUAUCAAGUAACACUGGAGGAUCGCAUGCGCUGGGCCCAGAUUGCCGAUGUUAUGGCGCAAACUAAUCACUAUGGGGCGGAGCCUAUCGGACCCACACGUCCCUCUUCGGCCAUGUUCGCUUAUCCGAAUCUCGGCGCCAUGGGCAUGGGCACCAUUGGUGGCAUGUCUUUACAGAGCACAAUGCAAAUGCACCCGAGUGGCAGUCUUGCGCCGCCAGUACCAUUACCCAGACUGGGCCUGGGACCCCGCGCAAGUGGCAUGCGAACGCUGGAAAACUCCAGCUCGAGUGAGGAGGAAGAUCGCGCCGAUUUACUGGGCCGAAACUUUCAAGUGCCACGUCCCAAGAGUCGCAGCAAUGGCAGCAUAGCGAAUCAGUCUGGCAUCUAUUAUGAUGUGGACUACGAGCCCUCGGGCAAUGGAAUUGGCAACACCAGCGUCGACCAUCUUUAUGGCUCUCAAAAUGCCUCCGUGACGCAUUCGUCGAGCAACAACCACAUACCCGGUCCACAGGGCAUUCCCAUGAGCACGUACACGUCCGGUCGCGCUCCCAGCAGUUACUACAUGAAGUGACGCAAGGGCGAGUCUUAGUUAGUCUAGCUGCUUAGUGUUAAUGAGCCUGUAAAUACACAUAAUUAGGUCGACUCAGAUUAGUUAUUAGUAGGCCCCUUAAAACACUUUUCAACUGCAGGUGCGGGUCGAGACAAGCAGGCCAUGACUGCAGCUGAGACGCGUUUUGAGCCAGAAGACUUAAGAUUAUGGUUUAUGCAAUGUAAACAAUUACUAAUCAUUAAUAUUAGUUUAAAUGUUUAAAUUAUAAAACUGCAAUUUAGUUCAAGAGUUCAAGAGAGAAACACAAAAAGUCAAAACAAAAUAAGCAAAGUAGUUUUUAGUCUAAAAUCGAAUACACACAAGCAAAUGAUUUGAAAACAGCUAAAAAUUGUAUUUAAUAAGAAGACGUUAUUAUAAUUGACUUAAUAAUUACAAUACGCCCAACAAAAUGAGAUCAAUCAUGUAGUUUAGA